AUGGCAGUAUUCAGGCGGGGACAUAAAAUGUCGGCAGUCCCCAUGGUGGCUGUUGGCACCCCCAUCGUGCUACGGUACCAGCCUCCUUUACCUGCAGAACAGGUGAAGGCAUCCACAGAGUUUGAUUAUGAAGGAGAGGGCUCACCAAAUGGUCGUGGUUGGGGCCGCAGUAGCAGAGGAAGGGCAAAGGCUAGAGUGCUAGCAGAAGAAGGGAAAGCUAAGGCUGUUGUGUUCGAUGAAACUGACAAAGCUCCAGAAGAGAAAAAGAGAGGAAUUACAAUUGCACAUGUGGAGUAUGAAACAGCUAAGCGACACUAUGCACAUGUAGAUUGUCCAGGACAUGCAGAUUAUGUUAAGAACAUGAUUAUGGGUGCUGCACAAAUGGAUGGGGGUAUUCUUGUUGUAUCUGCCCCCAAUGGCCCCAUGCCGCAAACCAAGGAACAUAUUCUGCUUGCUCGCCAAGUGGGCAUCCUUCUAAUGGUGGCUUUUUUUCGAGCCUAUAUGGAAGUAAAUGAUAAUAGUGUAUGUAUAGCAGUUGUCGUUUUUGGAUCAAUAGUCGAAGAAAUAAUGGAUUGUACAGCCAUUGAUCUAUUGGAACACAUAGGCGAGAAAGCUGGUAUUGGUGUGCUUCUCAGAGAUGAUAAAGGCAAUGUGGUUGUGGUAUACAGUAAAGUGGAAAGGGAAGUUCUCUCUUCAAAGUUUAUUGAAGCGAUUGCCAUGUUGAGAGGUCCACAGCUGUGUGCUCAGUGGGAGGUGCCGAAUUUGCUGCUAGAGACAGAUUGUUUGACUCUAGUAAAUGCUUUGUAG